UCUUCUUCUCCUCUCUUUCUUCUCUCUCCGAGCAAGGGAAGGAAGGUAAGAGGGAAAAAAAAACUCGCAAAGCUCACGCGCACACGGCAGAACCCAAUCGCAGCCCACGCCCCCUGACCCGACCGGAUCGAGCCUCGGCCGAGGGCAUGGGCGGAGCAGGCGACGGCGAGGGGGCCGGGAGCGAGUCCCCGCCCUCGGGGGCGCGGGCGACGCUCAACAUCCGGUGCGCCAACGGCGCCAAGUUCACCCUUCAGGCGGACCUGGGCGAGACGGUCGGGGCGUUCAAGGAGGCCGUGGCCGCCAGCUGCGACGUGCCGGCGCCGCAGCAGCGCCUGAUCUACAAGGGCCGGAUCCUCAAGGACGAGCAAACCCUAGAAAGCUACGGUGUUGAGACAGAUCACACCAUUCACUUGGUGCGAGGCGUUGCCCAACCAGCAGCAUCAGGAGCACCUGCUGCAUCAAGCCCCCAAGCUUCAACUACUCCUACCAGUGGCCCUGCAGGUGGUCUUGGAGGCUUAUUUCCAGGCCUUGGUGCUACUGGAGCUGCUAGUGGCAGGCCAGCAGGUUUAUUUGGGGCUGGACUUCCGGAAUUAGAUCAAAUGCAGCAACAGUUGAGCCAGAAUCCCAACCUUAUGAGGGAGAUAAUGAACAUGCCAAUGAUGCAGAGUCUCAUGAAUAACCCUGAUCUAAUACGCAAUAUGAUUAUGAAUAAUCCACAAAUGCGUGAUAUUAUUGAUCGGAAUCCAGAUCUUGCCCAUGUCCUCAAUGACCCUAGUGUUCUCCGCCAGACCCUUGAAGCUGCAAGAAACCCUGAAAUUAUGAGGGAGAUGAUGCGGAACACAGACAGAGCAAUGAGCAACAUUGAAGCUUCCCCUGAAGGGUUUAAUAUGCUCCGGCGUAUGUAUGAAACUGUACAGGAGCCUUUUCUUAAUGCAACAACAAUGGGAGGGGGUGGGGAAGGCACCCCGGCCUCUAACCCGUUUGCAGCUCUUCUUGGAAAUCAGGGGCCUAACCAAGCCGGCAAUGCUGCUACAAAUGCUCCAAUUACCGGCCCAGAGUCCACAACAGGAACCCCUGUUCCAAAUACUAAUCCACUUCCAAACCCCUGGAGCAACAAUGCUGGGGGUGCGCAAGGAACACCACGGUCAGGUCCUGCUGCUAGUACCAGGGCUGGUGCAACUGGUGGCCCAGGAGGGCUGGGUUCAGCAGAUUUGAGCAGCCUGCUCGGUGGUCUUGGUGGGAAUGCAAGAACUGGUGCUGCAGGUGGUCUAGGAGGGUUGGGUUCAGCAGAUUUGGGGAGUAUGCUUGGUGGUCCACCUGAUGCUGCUCUUUUGAGUCAGAUGCUGCAAAACCCUGCUAUGAUGCAGAUGAUGCAGAACAUUAUGUCUGACCCACAGUCAAUGAACCAGUUGCUUAGCAUGAACCCAAAUGCACGUAGCCUGAUGGAGUCAAACACUCAGUUGAGGGAUAUGUUCCAAAACCCAGACUUUCUUCGCCAGAUGGCAUCCCCAGAGGCUUUGCAGCAAUUACUCUCAUUCCAGCAGACACUGUCAUCACAGCUUGGCCAAAAUCAACCUAGCCAGGCUGGUAACCUAGGAGGCAAUGGCACAGGCACGCGGGGAAAUGUUGGUCUGGACACCUUGAUGGGCAUGCUUAGUGGGCUUGGUGCUGGAGGUGGCUUAGGUGUACCAAAUGCCUCCAAUGUGCCACCGGAGGAACUCUAUGCAACGCAACUUGGCCAGCUCCAAGAAAUGGGGUUCUUUGACACCGCAGAGAAUAUUCGGGCAUUGAUGGCCACUUCUGGGAACGUACAUGCUGCUGUGGAGCGCCUUCUCGGGAACUUUGGCCAGUAGAUAAAACGAGCCAGAUGCUGCCCGUAAUCUCCCUGUUUUAGCCAACAGGCAGUGUCCGUCUACAGUAAAAAAGACGGAAUAAUACAGUUAACUUUUUCCCGUACAUGGUCGUCAUGCCUUUGUUUUUUCUGUGUUGUAUUGACAAUUUGGAUUGAUGUACAUACAUAUCAGAUGAUCCGGUGUUACCGCAAAGAAUGUGGCUCUAGUUUUCCAA